GAGGUGACAGGUCACAGAUUGCAGUGAUUGUCUUCUUCACUUGCGGAUAGGCCUACUUCACUUGCGGACCUUGCUUUAUGAGUCAUUAACGCUGAUGACCUUCCAUCAUCUAAAAUCAUUCCAGAUUACAUUUCAGUACUCUGGACUAAAUCAACAGGUUGGGGAAACCUUAGCAUCAGCUUUAGUUGGUGCAGACUAGGCUUUAACAUCAUUUAUGUAUACAGGCAUGCCCAAUGUGCUUCUCUGGCUGGCCCUCCUUCUCUUCCCGCUGCCACCAACCCGUCCCCAGACCCCCCCACUGCUGUCGGCAGGUGACCUGGAGGAGAUGAACGCUGUGCCAGCCGAGGUCAUAGUACACAGCACCGCCUGCAGCGCCACCUGUGGCUUAGGGGUGCGUCAACAGGAGCUGUGCCCCAUGCGGGAGGGUCAGGUUGAGAAGGGAGGGUGCCGGAUGAGGUGGGUGCGCUGUCUGGACACAUGGCAGUGUGGGCUGCAGACAAUCACAGGGCCAGAGGGUGGCCACCUGGAGCUGGACUGCCUGGGACAAGUGAUGGAGGCCAUGGGGAGGUACUCCUUCAGGGUGUCAUGGCGUUACGCCAGAGGAAUCAUCACCUCAGACGACUCUCUCUUUGUGCUGUACAACUCUCCUCAUCUGGACCGGGUGGUUCUGGGUCUGCUCCAGGAGGACAAUGCUGGUACAUAUCGUUGUGAAGUCCAGGACUCCACCUUCCAUCUGGUCAAGAGGGUCUACAAAGGGGUCCGGGUUGUGCCUCCCCAGGUGCUGAGUCUGGACUACGAUAGUGCUUUGGUCAGGUGGGACAAAGUCGACCUGAGUCACUCCCCCAACCUUACGGGGGUGACUGGGUCUCCGUACACAGGAAGGGUGGUCCGCAACAUUGUUCUGACAAGCUUAGUGGCGUCGGCUGCCCUGGCUGGACUUAUCCUGCUGGGUUUGAGCUUACUUAUCCAGAGGAGAAGAUGGUGGAAAAGCUGUCGGAGAGGUGAGAGGGUCCUGCUCGCCAGACUGCUACCUCCUCCUGGAGGAAGAGGAGGGCUGGAAGGAGAGGGCGCACACACACACCUUCACCUCUGACCUCUGACCCUAGGCCCAGCUCACCCCAAGACCCAUAAAACAGACAGUAAAUCUUAGUACAGUUGUCCCUUUCUUGAUCACACCCCAGUUCCAACACUGUCCUACCUCAUUUUACCUGUAGGUGAUACUGUUGGUUCAUAUGUGUGCUGUGGUUACGGAGCUGCUUGGUAACAUGUCUGUAGUUCAGGGGUGGAUGUUGGGUUUGUGGCUUUUGCUGAUGAUCUGUGGACAGAAAUUAACCAAGCUAAAUGAGCCAAUCCUCAGUGGUAAUAAUCUACGUGGGUGAAAUAGUUAUGAGUGUCAGGAAGCACAUGAUGUAUAGGAGUGACAUUCAGUUACUCAGAUGCAUAUACUCUAUUCAUGUAUUGGUAUACACACACACACAUACACACACACACACACACAUCAAAGGGACUGAUGUUUGUCCCACAGCAUCCACUACUGCAGUCAUUAAUAUCCAAGCUUCCUGGCCUUGGAGUUUUCUGGCCAAUGUUUAAUGUUCAAAGUGUAGAAGGUGAUUCUGUCUCUUUGUCAUCCAGCCUCUCAAUGCCUGCAAGGAUGUACAAUGACACACACACAAACAUACACACACACUUGCACACACACACACACUCACACAAACAUAUGCACAAACUGACACACACACACAUACUCACAGAAGCUAUAAUGCAAUGCCUAUGGAGACUAUGAAAACACGCAUCUAUUUGAAGUGGAGUUGUUGGUUUGAACAUAAAUGAAGUAGAAUGCUACAGGCAAAGUCAUUUGUGAGAGAAGCUUCCUUGGAGAGGCUUUCAAUGCACUGUUCCCGUGUGUGUGCAUUUACAUGUCAAUUGGUGCGUCUGUGUGUAUUUGUUGUGUUAUAAAUAAGCCUAUA